AUGAUUCUGAUAUACAAGAAAAUCAAGAAACACAACGAGAGGAAAAGGAUCGAGGCACAACCGACAGUGACAGAUAAUGCCGAUGAAAAUCCAGUCACUCAAUCCACUGCCUAUGAUACCCCGAACGAGAAGAAGACUGUCUCCCCAGAGGAAGCUGCCGAAAAGAAGCGACGACGUGUUUACCGAUGGAAAAUUAUUCUUGGCCUCUUCGCACCAUUUUGUCUCCAGUCUUUGGACACGACAAUUAUUGCAUCGGCGCUUCCUUACAUUGCAGAAGACUUUGGCCAACUCAGCCAACUCAACUGGAUUAUUUCGUCCUUCAACCUGACCUCCGCCGCAUUCUUAUUCUUCUGGGCCCAACUCACCGACCUAUAUGGCAGACAUAACACACUUCAGGUUGCGAUCUUUGUCAUGAUCAUUGGAUCGGCUAUUUGCACCGGCGCCCCGACAUCUACUUUCAGCGUUCUCCUUCUUGGCCGUGCUCUACAAGGCAUAGGAGCAGCGGGAGUCAAUAUCUCCAUCCGCACAAUUCUGGCCGACCGAGUCUCGCUUUCCGAAUACGCGCUCAACUGGACUAUCUUUGCCCUCGUCUCUGGGAUCGGGUUUAGCGUUGGACCCGUCGUUGGUGGUUACUUGACUUCGACUUCAUGGCGAUGGUGUUUCGCCAUCAAUUUGCCCAUCGGUGUUGUGGCCAUGAUCGUGGUCGUUUUUGUCCUCCGAAAAGAACUCCAAGGCCCUCAGCAACUUCCGCAACUCGAGGACCGUGACAUGUCGACUGGUCCCCGUCGCUUCGUCGCUCGUCUGCUGACCAUAGACUAUGGCGGUCAGCUGCUCUUCCUCUGGGGAUUCGGGCUACUGAUUCUGGCCCUGACUUGGGCUGGUGGUAAUUAUUCUUGGAAAUCAGCAGCGGUGCUAGCCCCGAUUAUCAUUGGUGGAAUCCUGGCGAUCGCUUGGAUUGUAUAUGAGAGAAGUAUGGUACCAGGAUCCAUGAUGGCUCGAGCCUUGCCUAGACAGAAAGCUAUGGUCCCAUGGGAACUAUUGUCACAGCGGGACAUUGGUUUACUCUUCCUCGUCAAUUUCUCUAUUGGCGUCUCCAUGUUUGCAGUCAUGUAUUUCAUGGACUUGUACUUUGCUCUCGUGGAGAAGCGAAGUUCAAGUAAUGCUGGAAUCUCUCUUCUCUUCUUUCUACCCGGCUUAGCUGCUGGCGCCUACAUGGCCAUGUUCGCAUCUAACGUCUGGCCGCGGCAAACACUCCCAGCCCUCCUCCUAGGCAGUCUCACCUCCUCAGUUGGGAUAACCGUCUUAGCCUGGGCUGUUCAUGCCGCCAAGACUAGCGUAAUCUAUGGCAUGAUGGCACUGGUCGGUCACGGCGUCGGAAUACGAAUGAACCCAGCCUCGCUGCAUGGACUUGCCUAUUUUCCCACAAUGACAGCUCAAAUUUCAUGUUUGGUGUCAUUUGCUGUUCCAUUUGGUGGUCUCGUGGGGCUGACUAUAAUGUCGACGGUCUUCACCAACAAAAGCGGGUCGGGUGAACUCGAUCCCCAGAGCGGUAUUAUGUGGGCCUUCAUUGCCAUGAUACCACUCAUGUGGCUUUCGGUUCUAUUGACCACGUUUCUCGGGAAUGUGUGGAUUCAAAAGGAUGGUGGACAUGAGGUUGUUGAUGGGGCCUAUCUCUGGAGCUUUGUCACGAGGAAGAAAUUGGAUCGGCAGAGACGAGAUCGGGAGCAGGAGCAAGAACUUGAUCUCUCGCAUCUGGCCAAUGAAAAUAAGGAAGGUGAGAAUAUCGAGAUGGGAUUGAAGGCAACUGUUGCGGCUCCUACUAAAGAUUGA